AUGCACCAACAAGCCCCAGGAGACCCACCACCUCCGUCCAAGCAACAACAUCCACAAGCUCUUCGAGAUCUUGUAGUUUCCAACUACUCGCAAGGUGUCUCGCUUGGCAAAAUUGCCAAGAAGCUGAACUUAUCCAAGGCCACGGUCCAGAGCAUCAUGUGCCGAACUGCACCAACUGACUUUCCUGGCCGCGACCCCAUUGACAUGUUCGAAGAUCUAGUCGAUGUGGCAUGGUUCCAUACGUCACCGAUUGUCCUGGAUUCGUCGACCCAAUACUGGUUUGUCGCCUUCGCCAACACGGAGCGCUGA